AACCCGACCCGAAAACGACAUGGUUGACAAGCCAUCCGUGCGCACUGCACUCGUUUUCGUUAUCUUCACCUUCCCCUCCCCUCCUUUCUCUCAGAGUCUCUCAUGUCAUGUACGAAGGCCGGUUCUUCCUUAAACAUUUUCUGAUUUUGUGCUGGGUCUCGAUGGGGAUGAGAGUCUGGGAGACGGGGAUCUUGAUUUUGUUGCUCUUGGUGAGGUUAGCUGCGGCCGUCGAGACAGUCAGACAUCCGUUAUGUCCAAUCGAAUCCAUUACGGAUUCCAUCUUAGGGUUUCGAAAUUUCAACUGUCCGGUUUAUACCAGUUUUCAAUCUCACGAUGUCGUCGCUGUUAUCGAGGGUGACGAGGUUUCAUUGCAAAGGGCUCUGAAUAUGGUUCACAAGAAUAGUCAUGAAUUUGUAGCUGUUCUUUUCUAUGCAUCUUGGUGUCCUUUUUCUCGUAAUUUUAGGCCUAGUUUCUCUAUCCUUUCUUCUUUAUAUCCUUCCAUUUCCCAUUUUGCAAUCGAAGAAUCUGCCAUCAGACCAAGUAUACUUUCUAAGUAUGGGGUUCAUGGGUUUCCCACCCUUUUUCUGUUAAAUUCGUCAAUGCGUGUUCGUUAUCAUGGCUCCCGGACUCUCAUUUCACUUGUCGCGUUCUACAGUGAUGUCACCGGCAUUGAUUCUGCAUCAUUGGAUAAAAUAUCCCUGGACAAAGUUGGGCACCUAUCAAAUCACGAGAGGCACGAUAAUGUGGACAAUGAAAGCUGCCCAUUCUCAUGGGCAAGAUCACCAGAGAAUUUGCUUCGGCAGGAGACAUAUUUGGCCCUGGCUACCUCAUUUGUUCUGUUGAGAUUGCUUUACUUAUUCUUUCCAAGUCUGCUUGUAAUAGCUCAACUUACUUGGAUAAGGCUCAUCCGAAAUGUUAAAUUGGGGAGCUUGUUUGAUCAUCCUCAGACCUAUCUGAAUCGAGCAAUACAGAUAUUUAAUUCUCUAAAAGAUCCUUGCAAGAAAAGUAACUUACAGGAAGGAGCAUUGAAUGCCAGGGCUUGGGCUUCCAAGUCCCUUGCCACUGUUUCAAUUGGUGAUGCAAGCACCAGCCAUGUUGCAUGUGGGAGCGAAUGCCACUGACCUUUAACUAGCUAUGCGAUACAGAUAAUUGGGUAUUCAAAUGAAAGGUUUGGCUGCCCUCUUAUUUGGUGUCAGGAUCAUCUUGAUGCUUGGAUUAGGUAAAAUGUUGUAUGACAUAAGUGAAAUAUGAUUCUGUCUCUUGACUUCGUCAUAGGCCAUUUACCAAUUUGUUAUAUAUGAUUUAGAAUUCAAUUUAUUUGGAAUUUUUUGGUCAAUUGUUAUUUGGCAUUCCAAAAGCAUGAUUAAGACUGUAGUUUGUGAAUUUACCCUAUCAUGUGUACGAGUUAAUUGUUUUUCUGUCCAAGUUGAGUUACUAGAAAUUUUUUACCGAGAUUGGAAAAAUAAAAGUUUGGUUUUUCUCUGAUAA